GUUUUUAUAUACAAUUACAAAAUGUGUUAAAAGUGUUACGAUGUGUUAAAAAAAAAUAAUAACUUAUUUCAAAAAAAUUCGACGUACAAAGAAAUUUUAAAAAUGAAAAUUGAAUAAUUUUACAAAUAACAAAAUCAAAAGAAUUGACAAAUUAAAAAUUAAAUUAUUUUUUGGUGGAAAAUAAUAUUUAAUUUAUAUUGCAAAAAUGAUUACUAAUACAAUAGACAGUAUGGAUUAUUGCUACUUUCCAAUUUCAAAUAAAGAAGUCCAUGUAAGUAUUCAAGCCAGUCACGAUGCAAGGAUAUCACUUAGAACUCAUUUAGCGGAAGAUUCUAAAGUUUAUGAGAUUGCCCUUGGCGAACGAGAAAAUACAAUGUCGUCGAUAAAAGUCAAUAAUCUCGAAUCCAGUGUAUCAUUAGUUGAAACGAGAGAUAUUUUAAGUGAAGAAGAUGAACGUUCAUUUUGGAUAAGAUGGAAAUGGUACAAUGGUUUAUUAUCAGUUGGUCAUGAGGGAUGUGAACCUUUCAUGUCCUAUCGCGACAAAGAUCCUUUUAUUAUAAAUUAUAUUGGUAUCAGUACUGCUUAUGGUGCAACAGGAAGUUGGGUGCUAGACGGAAUACAGACACAGUGUUUGGAAAUACGACAACAAUUAUUGGACACAAAUAAUUAUUGGAUUAAUUAUAAUGAGAAUUUAGGAAUGCCAAGAAAUGCAGUGACAGUAUCGGAAUGUGGUUCAUUUGUAGGACGAGCUCAACAUGAAGGUUCUGUAACACCAGGAAAUAUUGAGGGCGAUAUUUGUACUUUGGCAUGGGGUGGUAGUGCACACAAUAAAUCACAUUUUCAAGUAUUGUGUGGAAAAACGAUAAAUUGGAUUAAAUCAUGGGAUGGUAGUGUUCCAUUAAAUGCAUUACCUGGCGGUGAAACUGAAGAUAAUUAUCCACUAUUUAUUGGUAGAGUUUUUAUCGAUGGUAUGUAUUAUGCUGGCAAAAUACAACCAAAUCAUCAAGUUUGUUAUAUACCACAUUGUGGAAUUGAAAAAGCUUUCAAGGAAUACGAGACGUUAGUUGUUAAUUUUUAUCCAAAUAUUGAAUGGGUUGGUAGGUGAAAGUAUUUUUUUUUUUUUUUAAAUUAACUUUUAAUUUAUUUUUAAUUUAUCGAGAAUAUAUUUUUUAUGAAUUGAGGAGCAAAUUUUCAAAACGUGAUAAAUCCAUAUUUUCUUAUUUCGAGAAAUUGAAAGAAAUGACUUUUCUCACAUAACUACUGUAGUUACUAUUAAAAUAUAAAAUUUGUAAUAGUUUAAUUCUAUAACAAUGUUUUUAUAUUCAAGACGUUCUGUUUUUAAUUAAACUUUAUCAUAAUUUAAUUAUUUACAGGUAUUGGUAAUUUUUUCUAAUAAAAAACAUAAAAAUUAUAACUGAUCUUGGUUAUGUCCAAAAGUUUUUGAAUUGAAAAUUCGUUGUUAACAAAUUAUUUUUUUUCUUAAAUUUAACAGCGACAGGAAGAUUUGUGAGGUCCUUAAAAUAUUAAAUUUA